UCCUCCGACAUUAAGAUGGCGGCGGUCGCCUCCAAGCCCAAUUUCGCCGUUGUCUGCUCGUUCCUAGAGCGCUAUGGCGCCUCGCUGGAACUGCCCGAGUUCACCUUCCCCGAGCUGGAAGAAGCGCUGGAAAAUAAAAAAUCGGUUCCCCAGCCAUUGGUUGAUCUUCAUUUGAAGUUGAUGAGGAAGAUUGGGAAGUCUGUCAGCUUUGAUCGAUGGGAAAAGUACCUUCUCAGGAUAUGCCUGGAAUACAACAAUACUUGGGCCUGGGAGAUGGAAAAAAUUGGAUACACCGAGAUGGAUGCUGAAUGCAAACUUGGCCUCUUGAAGUACCUUUGUGAAUGUCAGUUUGAUGACAACUUAAAGUUCAAGAAUGUGCUGAAUGAAGAGGAACCUGACGCUAUGCGUAUCCAUCCAAUUGGCUGUGAUAAGGAUGGCCUAAUGUACUGGUACCAGUUGGACCAAGAAUUGAAUGUUCGACUGUACACGGAGGAACAAGAUGAUCAAGAUGGCACUUCGUGGAAGCUCAUUGUAAGAGACCGCAAUGAAUUGGCUGAAACCUUGCAGCUGCUGAAGGCCCAGAUAGAUCCAGCAUUGCUGAGCAAAUUCAUCCAGGAAGAUGGGUCCUCUCGUACUAGUCCUACACCAGAAGAUGAAGAGAGCAAGAAAGAGCUUGAAGAGCACCUGGAAGAAGAAAUGAAAAUAGACAAGCUGUUGGAAGAGCAGCAGAAAGACCCAGAAAUGACUGGAAAAUCAAACCCAGCAUCAUCCCUUGCAUCUACCUCUCCAGAAGAAGACGAGAAAGUACAGCCAGUCAAAAAGCAGCGAGACGAAGAUGGGAUAAAGCUAGAGCAGACGCUCAAUGUUGAGGAACCUGCAUCAGAACAUAACGAUGAGAAAGCUGAUGGUACGAAGCUAACCAAAGAGAGCAAUCCUGAGAAAAUGAGUGCUGAAGGAGAAGGCAGACCCAGCAAAGUAGAACUCGUGAACCUGAAAAGCUCAGGUGAGGGGAAGGCUUGCACUGGUAGGUUGACGUCUGUGGAGUGUGAAAAGCUCGAAAUCAGCAUUAAGGUAGAGCCAACUGACGACAUCAAAGAAAAAUCCUCGGAAGAGCUCGAAAGGGCUCUGAGGAAUGUCAAGCAGGCAAAGCUUCCCGUGAAAAAGCGUGAAAUAAAACUAGCCGAGGAUUAUGACAGCACGGUCAGGGGCCCUGUCAGCAAACCUGUAACCCCGGUCAAAGAGCUGCUGAAAGGAGGUGUGAAAGCAGAGUGUGAGGGACUGAAGCAAGCUCCUGUGGAGGAGGACGGAAAGCAACUAGUAAAUGGCGAGGUGACCACUGGACCCCAGGUGAACCAGCACAAAAUUGAGGAGGGAAUCACAGAGGCUUCUGCUCCAGGGAAGACUGAGGAACCCAAGAGCAAACAGGAGCCUGAAGCCACACACCCAGUGAAGGAGGAGGAAAAUGGGAUCGACGGGCCUAGCACAAAAGGCUCGGAGUUGCCAGUAAGCAUUACUGUGGAGAAUCACACAAGUGUAAUAAAAGUUGAGGUUAACCAGAACUGCGUGGCAAAGGAGAAGUGUGCAGACCCUGGCCUCCUAGGACUUGGGAAAUCUACCGAGGAAGCAAGAUCUAAAUGUGAGGAUGAAGAUUCUUCAAAAUGCUCCGUUGACACCAAUCUCUCUGAAAAGACGCUACCUGACAAAAAACAGGCAGAUUGUACCAAAGGUGUGGAGGAGGAAUGCAAAGAGAAGGUUCCAUUGAGAAGAACAAGGUCGUCCAUGAGACAGGCACCAGAGAAGGCUCUGGCAGAAGAAACUCCACAGAAAGUAGAACAAAUCGAGGAGAAAAAGCAGGAGACUGAACAGAGUGAAGCCAGAUGCUUAAGGAGGUCUCUGAGAAUAUCCAAACCCACCAUGAAAGUGACUGAGAAUCAAGAGAAGAGAGCAAGCAAGAAGGAAGAAGUGCCUGCACCCCAGAGUCCAAGUAAGGAGGAGAACCAGAGGAAAGUGGAGAAAGAUUCCUCUCUAUCAAAAGGAACAAAGCGCAAGGCUAAAGCCAGCAGAAGAGCCCGAUGGACCAAAUCAAGGGGCAGGCGUAGACAGGAGGAAUCAAGUGAAGAGAGUGAGAGUGACCAGGAUGAUGACGACGCUGAUGAAGCAGAUGAGGAAGGGCCAGCGGAAGAUGACGAGCCCUGUAAAAAAUGUGGCUUAUCCAAUCACCCUGAACUGAUUUUGUUGUGCGACUCUUGCGACAGUGGUUAUCACACUGCGUGCCUACGACCUCCGUUGAUGACGAUCCCAGAUGGUGAAUGGUUCUGCCCUCCUUGCCAACAUAAAUUUCUGUGUGAGAAACUAGAAGAACAGUUGCAGAACAUAGACGUGAUGAUAAAAAAGAAGGAAAGGGCUGAGAGAAGGAAAGAGAGGUUGGCGUUUGUGGGAAUAAAUGUUGAAAAUAUCAUCACCCCAAAAGACUUGGUACCAGAGGAGCCAGAAAUAAAAGACUUCAAAUCCUUGGAAAGACGAUCUGGGAGGACACGGAGAUCCAUCAAUUAUAGGUUUGAUGAGUUUGAUGAUGCAAUCGAUGAAGCAAUACAUGAAGACAUACAGGAGGCAGAGGGUAAAGGUUCUGGGAGAGGCAAAGACAUGGCAAACAUCACUGGACAAUCCCUUGGGAAAGACAUCUCCACUAUACUUGCAGAGUCUAAAGAGAAUAAGCGACCAUCACGAGAAGCUUCCUGCAGACGCAAAAAAAGGCGAAGACUGAAUGACCUUGACAGCGAUAGCACACUUGAAGAUGAAGAGAGUGAGGAGGAGUUCAAAAUAAGUGAAAGCAGCGAAGAAGAGUUUGAGAUCUCCGACCGAGACAGCGAGGCAGACCCUGCCUCAAAUGACGACGAUGGUUUUGACUUCGCCCGGCGAGGAAGACAUCAGAAAUACGUGGAGCCAAUGAGGAGGAGUCGGAGGUUAAGAGGAAGAGAAGUUAAACGAUAUUCAGAUGAGGAUGAAGAGGAUGAAGAUGAACAAGCAGAGAGUGACGGUUCAAGUUGUUACAGUGACCUGCUGGACAUGAGGAGGAGGCGAUCGAAACGGAACCAGGCCAAAAAAGUCAAUUACAGAGAAGAUUCUGAGUCGGAGAAAUCUAUGAAAAGUGGUGCAAGUAGAAAGGAAAGACUUAGAGGGCACAAACGUAGACUGUACAUUACCAUGAGCGACGAGAGCUCUGGGAGCAGAAGUUCUGAGGAAGAGGAUGGUGAGCGACCUCAACGGAAGCGCCCGAACAGGAUCGAGGACGAGGAAGACGAAGACGAGCCUGCGCUGGUGAGCAGACUGUCCUCCAGACCGUGCCGGGAUUACAGCAAGAAGCCUGCCUACCGGCUGAUGAGUGACGAGGAGGAGGAAGAGCUGCAGGAGGCAGAGAAGGACGCCAGCUCUUUGGACUGUAGCCUGGUGGAGCUGCCCCCCUCCAAUGGACAGAACCUGAUCAGCAGAACCAGCGAGAAGAACCAAAUGGCCAAGGACACUACCGCCACUCCCAGCCCGGCACUGAACGGAGCUUGCGACGGGGAAGCAGGCGCUCCUCCGGGAGAGGGAGCAGCCGAAGGAGGGGAGGAAGAGGAAGAUGACCUCUUGGGAGUAACUGACCUUGUAGAAUAUGUUUGUAAUAAUGAACAAGUAUAAAAACUC